CUCAAAAGGCGAGCAAUGCGGACGCGACCGGAUGAGACACCCCGACCGUUGGCUCUAGGAAGUCGACGCAAUUAGCGAUUUUGAGAAUAUGAAGCCUAGCCAUGCACACGAGUCCAGUGGACAUGAUCACGCAUUGCCGGCGAGGACGACGUUACUGAACCCCAGCGACGUCGGGCGCUGUGUAAGCACGCCUUGGAAUCUCAUGUCGCAAGCUUCACAGACACUCGAUGCAUGCGCUCGCCCUCGGCAGAUCCUGCGAGUGCGCACGGAGCCACGCUGUUGUGACCAGUCUCUACUGGACGCUCGUGGCGCUAAACCAUGCGCUUCGAGCAAGAAGUGAAAUGUCUGCAUUGCGCUUCAUUCAUCAUCUACACGCGGAUACUCCGAAGUCGCUUCAGCGCCUCGGAGAUCAAAUGGGAUGGAUGUUGGUACAUCCGGAGGGUACGAGCUCGUCCCAUUGCGUUGGCAUUUGCUACACAUUUGCUCAGAUUCCGACAUCCGCAAACCUCGUUUGGAGGCAGGAUGACGACUCCAGCUCGCCAUGCGACGUGCGUCGGGGAUUUGAUGUACAUUCGCGGGGAGCGUGACGUCGAUAGAUUCCUAUAUUUUAUCGUAUUUAUAGAAG